CAAUCUCACACACAAAUUAAAAACAUUAAUGUAUAUAUAAAAAUAUGUGCCAAUGCAUUUUCAGGAUCUCGAUUUCAAAUAAAAAUUCGAUAUGUAUCUGAGUAGGAGAAUGCAGAGCGGAUGUUUUGCGGUCUAUAGGAAGGGACUUUCAGAGAUCUUACAAAUAUACAACAAGGUCGAGAGAAAGACAUCUAUGAAUCCAUGUCCGAAGACUAUUAUUCUAUUUGGAAGAAACUAUUAUAAUCAAAUGAGUCCACAAGAGCUAAAGUUUAUAAAUCCGGUUUAUGCUGUGAAGUACUUUGGUAAUGGUUCCAGCAACUCCAAGAUGCAAUCUUCUCUUCCAAAGCAAUGGUUUAAUUUUCCUUCUUGGGGAAGAUGGGCUAUAGGUUCUGCGAUUUCUUUAGUGUUAUCUUUCUGGAACAAUAAAAGGAUUCAGAAACUGAAACAGAUCGAAGGAGAAGCGGAAUUGGCCGUGGAAGGGGUAGAGGCUGUAGCUGAAAUGGUAGAGAAAGUGGCUUCGGCCACAGAGAAAUUGGCUGAAGAAGUGACAGAGAAACUGCCUGAGAAAAGUAAACUUAAACAGGCGGCUUUGGUUCUGGAGAACAUUUCAAAAGUUGCUGCUCAUGAAGCACAUACAACCCAAGAAUUCCUUCACAAGGUUGAAAAAGUCACGCAAGAUUUGGAUGACUUGGAGGCAAUGAUAGAGCCUCUGGUAGACAUAAUUGUGGCAAAUGCUAAAACAAAGCAACCCGAUGAAGGAGAAGAAGCAAACUAUGAGUCGCCUUCACGCCACUAGUCUCUUCCUCGUCUAAUAUGGACGCAAACCAAAUAAAACAAGAACUCUUCAAUACUGUAUCUCUAUUAAUUUAUUACAUUCUUUUCAAAAUGUGCAAAAGCUUUUUAGAGAUAUCCAACAGUAACAGUACAGGUAUACCGUUCUGAUAGUUACAAAAACAAGAAGAAUUAACAGUACCACUAUUUAUCUUUACUAGUAUCUAAUAACUUAGCCUUUACAAAAACCAUCAAUAUAAAACUCUUCUAAAACCCCUCUCUUUUGUGGCCAAAAAAAAAACCCACUCUUUUUUGGAGAGGUGACUUUGUUCUUUGUGUUACAUGGAGUUUGCGUGGGGGUUGAAGUUUUGGUGAAGAAGAAGACUUCCUUGGGGCGGUGGCCGGUGAGACCGGUUGUGUCACGGCUGCUCACGGUGGGGUUCUUGUGUGUGACUAGUGGUUGGCUGGUUUUCCCUCAGUUAAAUCACGUGUAGGACCACGAAAAUCUAAAUUAAAAAUCACGAUAGAUUUAUAUGUAUAGCCAUUUCAGCUGUGCUCGUCCUUUCUCGAAAGUAUCUUUUUUC